AUGGUGCUCAAGGUCCUUGCAGCGGCAGUCAACGCCGUGCUCCCAUCAAAAUACUAUGUGCACGCGUUGAUUUCAAUCCUUGUCAUUGUGGUGGUUCGCGCGUUCGCACGAGGGCGCACGACGAACCGUGAACGGGAUAUGCAUGCUAGGGUAGUCCUCCUCACAGGAGGGUUCACUCCGUUAGGCCUAACGCUCAUGCAGAACCUUGCUCAACGAGGCGCGCACAUCAUUGCUCUCUCGCCAAAGCCAGUCCAAGAUCCUGAAGUAGAAAUUCUUAUAAACCUCUUGCGAUCGACCACCAAGAACGACCAGAUAUUCGCAGACGAAUGCGAUCUGACAUCUGCUUCUUCUAUCCGCUCCUUCUGCUCCCGCUUCCUCACAGCAAAGGAGACUAGACUGGAUGGUAUCGUAUUCGCACACGAGUAUCAACAGUUAGGCUCCAUCAUCAGUCGCCAAGAUUCUGCUAUACUAACCCAGGAGAGACAAAACGCUUCAGUAGCAUCGUUCUUAAUUCUCACUCUUCUUCUGCCCGUCCUCCUUGUUGCACCCGCAGAACGCGACAUACGCAUCAUCAACGUUGUGAACCCCUUCUACGCAGCCGCCGCACCCUCUUUCUCCCCAACCUCCAAGCCACCCCCAUCAUCUCCAGUCUUUCACCAAGAAGGCUGGCGUUCCCUUCAAAUGAUUGUUUUCACCCGCCACCUCCAGCGUGUCCUCGACGCACUGCCAUCUGGCGGGCAAGUCCCAAAGACAGACGACUCCACCAUCCACGUCGUCAGCGACAAGGUACAAAAGUCCAACAUCGUCGCCGUAUCCGUGUGUCCCGGACUCUCUAGAUCAGAUACCAUCGCACCGCUGUUAAGUGCAGUUCGUGGACAGAAUCAAUCUAUAUUCGGCAUUGUUCUGUACAUGCUUCUUCAACCGUUCCUCCGCCUUCUCACGAAAUCCACGACAUCUGCUAUACAAUCCGUGCUGCAUGUCCUUUUUCUCCCGACGCCUUUCAAGAGCAAUGCCCGUCAAGGCACAGAUGCUCCAGAAGAAGUGCUCAAGGCAGGCGCACUCUACCGCGAGUGUGCAGUUGUUAACCUGCGGAUACGAAGCCCUGCAACGGCUGACGCUGCCGAUGCGCAGGUGCCGGACGAUGGAGAAUUGGGAGGUGUACACCUUGGUCAGGCGGUAUGGGAGGGCCUCGAGGGUGCGUUAAAGGAGUGGGAGAAAGUGAACCCGCAAGGCGAUGAGAAGGCUGGGUGUGAUGACGGGCCAUCCGUUGAUACCCAAGGCAGUUAG